GCGGCGGCGGCCGGGCCGCCAUGGAGGAGGAGCGGGGGUCGGCGCCCGCGGGGUCGGCGCUGGAGAAGAACGUGGCCGAGCUGACCGUCAUGGACGUGUACGACAUCGCGUCGCUCGUGGGCCACGAGUUCGAGCGGGUCAUCGACCAGCACGGCUGCGAGGCCAUCGCGCGCCUCAUGCCCAAGGUCGUGCGGGUCCUGGAGAUCCUGGAGGUGCUGGUCAGCCGCCACCACGUCGCGCCCGAGCUGGACGAGCUGCGCCUGGAGCUCGACCGCCUGCGCGUGGAGCGCAUGGACCGCAUCGAGAAGGAGCGCAAGCAUCAGAAGGUGGGCGGGGGCCCCCGGGCCGAGCUGGUGGCCCUGUGCCCUGGGCCAAGAGGCCUGGUAGCCGGACUCAACUUCUCACAGGACUCUGCCAGACUGGUUCCUGUGGCAGGGCCCUGGGAGUUGCUGACCCCAGGCCUCAGUUCCGCGUUCCCGCUGCCUGCAGGCAUGUCGGAGCGGGAGCGGCAGGUGAUGAAGAAGCUGAAGGAGGUGGUGGACAAGCAGCGGGAUGAGAUCCGCGCCAAGGACCGGGAGCUGGGCCUGAAAAACGAGGACGUGGAGGCUCUACAGCAGCAGCAGACGCGGCUCAUGAAAAUCAACCACGACCUGCGGCACCGGGUCACCGUGGUGGAGGCCCAAGGGAAGGCUCUGAUCGAGCAGAAGGUGGAACUGGAGGCAGAUCUGCAGACCAAGGAGCAGGAGAUGGGUGGCCUGCGGGCGGAACUGGGGAAGCUUCGGGAGCGGCUGCAGGGGGAGCUCAGGCCGAAGGGAGAGGAGGAGCCGGAGAUGGAGCCCAGUGGAGAGGAGGGCGUCUCAGAUGCGGAGAAGGCGGCCCUGGAUCUCAAGGACCCCAACCGCCCUCGGUUCACGCUGCAGGAGCUGCGGGACGUGCUGCAUGAGAGGAAUGAGCUCAAGUCCAAGGUAUUCUUGCUGCAGGAGGAACUGGCCUACUAUAAGAGCGAAGAAUUAGAAGAGGAAAAUCGAAUACCCCCUCCUCCACCCAUGGCACACCCGAGAAUGUCCCCCCAGCCGGAGUCUGGGAUCAAGCGACUGUUUAGCUUCUUCUCUCGGGACAAGAAGCGCCUGGCCAACACGCAGAGAAACUCACACAUCCACGAGUCCUUUGGCCAGUGGGCAAACACUCACCGAGACGACGGGUACACGGAGCAAGGGCAGGAAGCCCUGCAGCACCUCUGACCUGUGACCUGUGACCUUGGCCCCCUUGGAACCAGACGUGUCCUCAGCCUGUGUGGCAUUACUGCCUCAUGCCUCUGGGGGCAGGAGCACCCUCAAAAUGGACCUCAAACAAACUGUCGUUGAGGAUGGACCUUGGAGAACUGAUGCCAAAUUCUAAAGAAAGGUUUAUUUAUGUCCAGGGCUAUCACCGUUUCUAAUAGAUGCCUCUGACCCUUAGGAUAUAUAUUUAAUAGUCCUGUGAACUGAAGCCAGCUAUUGCGUUAACUUUAGUAACCAACUUCUUCCAGCCAAAUAUAUCACUCGCCGUUCUAAUCGCUACUUGACUUGCUUUGUAUAGGUUUAGUAUAGUAGAGGUUUCAUGGGCGCCUUUGUUGUGCUUGAGCUGGAGGCAGCUUUUCAUGAUCGUGAGAUUGUCAGGGAAAUCGCUGUUGCACAGGAUUGAUCGACUGGACACAGGGUGAGCAAUUCCAGCUCCAGCACUCACGGACAGGAUGCAAGUCCCCCUCAACACUGCAAGAGGCAGCAGCCGCGCCCGAGCAGGCUGGCUUGGGCCCGGCUGAGGAAGUGUGCCUUGCAACCGCUUUGGGUUAGCACUGACCAAACAUGCCGAGAAUGAUGCUG